AUGAAGUUCGGCGCUGCCCUCCUGGUCUUGGCCACCACGGCCCUGGCCCAGAACAUCCGAAGAGACUAUGGUGAGGACGACUACGGCAACGGAGGAGAUGAAUACGGAAGCGGCGGAGAGGAGUACGGUGACGGUGGAGAUGAUGGAUAUGGCGACAACGGCGGCGACAACGGCGGCGAUGACGGCGGCGACUACGGCUAUGGUGGUGACUACGGCGUGACCAAGACCGCUGUGACCUACACCACCGUGACUACCUGCCCCGUCACCUACACUCAUACCAAGGAGGGAACCACCUACUGCGUGACUGAGCUCACCACCUCGACCAUUGUCGUGACUGAGACCAAGGACGUCCACGUGACAGUCAAGAAGCCCGAUGUCACCAAGGAGUACACUGAUGUCGAAUAUGCCACCCGGACAACCGUGUGCCCCGUCACCGUGACUGAGACGAUUGGCGGUGAGGUUAUCACCAAGGUCUACACCACCACCAGCGUCAUCCAGGAAGUCGUCAAGACCACCGAGUACGAGAAGGUUAAGCAGCCCGACAUCACCAAGCACGAGACUGAGGUCGAGUACACCACCCGAACCACAGUUUGCCCCGUGACCAUCACCAAGACCAUCGCUGGUGAGGUUAUCACUGAGGUCUACACGACAACCAGCGUCAUUGAGGAGGUUGUCAAGAGUACCGACUACGAGCACGUCAAGCAGCCCGAUAUCACCAAGCACGAGACUGAAGUCGAGUAUACGACCCGCACAACCGUCUGCCCUGUGACGAUUACUAAGACUAUCGCCGGCGAGGUUGUUACCGAGGUCUACACUACUACCAGUGUCAUUGAGGAGGUUGUCAAGAGCACCGACUACGAGCACGUCAAGCAGCCCGAUAUCACCAAGUACGAGACCGACGUUGAGUACAUUACCCGCACUACUGUCUGCCCCGUCACUAUCACCAAGACCAUUGCUGGAGAGGUUGUCGUUGAGACAUACACCACCACCAGCGUGAUUGAGGAGAAGGUGCAGACCACUGAGUACGAGCACGUCAAGCAGCCUGAUGUGACCAAGUAUGCCACGGAUGUCAUCUACUACACCAAGACCAGCCUCUGCCCCGUGACCGUCACCAAGACCAUCGCUGGUGAGGUCAUCACCGAGGUCUACACUUCGACCGACUACAUUGUCGAGAAGGUUGAGACCACCAUCUACGACCAGGUCAAGAAGCCCGACGUGACCAAGCAGGAGCACGUUGUCGUCUACAACACCAAGUACAGCCUCUGCCCCAUCACCGUCACCAAGACCAUUGAGGGUGAGGUCAUCACCAACGUCUACACCUCGACCUCUGUCAUCGUUGAGAAGGUUGAGACCACCAUCCCUGUCUACGAGACUAUCGUCAAGACUGUCGGCCAGGGCGAGGUUGUCACCCAGUACUCCAAGAUUGUCUACACCGUCGGUGGCGGCACCGUCUAUGAGACUGUGGCUCCUCAGCCCACCACCGUCCAGCUCCCCGAGACUGAGGUGGUUACUCAGCCCGAGGUCACCAUCCCUGCCACUCCCACCGAGGCCCCCGUUGAGGUCCCUACUGGCGCUGCUGCCGCCAACAAGGCCCCUGUCCUUGCCUUCAUGGCUGGUGUCGUCGGUGCCAUUGCUCUCUUCUAA